UUUAUAAAGACUCUUUUUCAAGCCAACUCUAUCCCUCCUCUCGCUGACUGAGACUCUUCUUCUGGCUCUUUUUAUCUCCUGUUUGUUUGGGUUUCUUCUUGGUCUGUACGAGACAGAGAUGGAGUUGGGUUUGAGCUUGGGAGACGCCUCCAACGCCUUCGCUUUUGUGGACAAGAGUCAUAAGGUUAGCGCCAAAGGUCUAGGGUUUUGCAUGGGCUUAGGUGUUGGGAUUGUUAACAGUAGAGAGGACGAGAAACUAGAAGCUGAUGAACGGGAUUCUGCUUUAAAGGAUUCAGAUGAAAUGGAGGAGAAAAAGGAUUCUACCGAUCCGCCUAUUCAGCUCGAUCUUCUCCCUCCUGGUCCCGUCCCUCGUAAACCGCCUUCUUCUUCGCAGCUAAUCUUUCCAUGGCCAACUGAAAAUGGUAAUUCUGAAGCGGGUUCAUCGGGUCACCUAGGGGCAACGGCGAGAGGGUUCGACGUCAACCGGUUGCCUGCGGCAGAGGAUGCUGAUGAUGGGGCCGCAGUUUCUUCUCCCAACAGUACUGUUUCUUCGUUUCAGAUGGAUUUUUCCAUUUAUAGAGGCGGUAGUGGAGGCAACAAGAGAGAUGCAGAAACUUCGGGAAAUGAAGUUGAGGCGGAGAGAGCGUCCUCAAGAGCCAGUGACGAGGAGGAGAACGGCCUGACUAGGAAGAAGCUGAGACUCUCCAAAGAACAAUCAGCCUUUCUCGAAGAAAGCUUCAAGGAACAUAAUACUCUUAACCCGCAGAAACAAAAGCUUGCUCUUGCGAAGCAACUUAAUCUUCGUCCUCGCCAAGUAGAGGUGUGGUUUCAGAACAGAAGAGCCAGGACGAAGUUGAAGCAAACAGAGGUAGACUGCGAGUAUUUAAAGCGGUGCUGCGAGACACUGACGGAAGAGAACAGAAGGUUGCAGAAGGAACUGCAAGAGUUAAGAGCCUUGAAGACUUCCCACCCAUUCUAUAUGCAGCUUCCAGCAACUACCUUGACCAUGUGCCCUUCUUGCGAGCGCGUCGCCACCACCUCCACCACUCCAUCCCCCACGACCGACGCAACCGCUGCUACCACCACCCCAAUCCCCAACAAAGCCUCCGCCCUUUCUCUCACCAAACAUAGGUUUUAUCCCUUCUCUCAUGCCUAUGCCCACCCGUCUGCAGCUUCAUGAGAUAACGCGUAGCAUAGCAGGUGGUCCUGAACUCCUGAUGAUGAUUGUUGGUUCUGAUCUGUGAAUAUCAAGACUUUCAGCUUCUUUUUGCAAUUUAUUAAACAGUUUCCAAUAUCGAAUAGAGUGUCAUUAAUGAUGGGGAUUCUGAAAUUAGCAUUAUUAUUUAUUUUUUGCUUC